AUGCAUCCGCCGCCGCCCGCCGCCGCGAUGGAGUUCAGUCAGAACAGUCUGUUCGGCUACAUGGAGGACCUGCAGGAGCUCACCAUCAUCGAGAGGCCGGUCCGCCGGAGCCUCAAGACACCAGAAGAAAUAGAAAGAUUGACAGUUGAUGAAGACCUCAGUGAUAUUGAAAGGGCUGUUUAUCUGCUCAGUGCUGGUCAAGAUAUCCAAGGAACAAGCGUGAUUGCGAAUCUUCCAUUUCUGAUGCGGCAGAACCCUGCUGAGACACUUCGGAGAAUCUUGCCAAAAGUCAGAGAGGUCCUGCAUGUUGCAGGAGUGGAAAUGCAGUUAACGGCUGCGGUAUCAUUUUUGACCAUUCUACAGGAAGAAUCAGUGUCGAUUCAUACAUAUGCCCACUCCUUCCUCCAAGUCAUUCUACUGCAUCUGGAGCACAGGGACGCAGGUGUCAGCAACGCAUGGCUGGAAACUCUUUUGUCUGUGAUAGAAGUAUUGCCCAAAGAAACCCUAAGGCAUGAGAUUUUGAAUCCACUUGUUUCCAAGGCACAACUUUCCCAAACAGUCCAGUCUCGUUUAGUUAGUUGUAAAAUUUUAGGAAAAUUGACCAACAAAUUUGAUGCCCUUGCCAUUAAAAGAGAUAUUCUUCCCUUGGUAAAAUCACUCUGUCAAGAUGUAGAGUACGAAGUUCGAUCUUGUAUGUGUCGGCAAUUAGAAAAUAUAGCUCAGGGCAUUGGGACAGAACUUACAAAAAGUGUGGUGCUCCCUGAAUUAAUAGAACUUUCUAGGGAUGAAGGCAGCAGUGUGCGGCUUGCAGCUUUUGAAACUUUGGUUAAUCUGCUCGACAUAUUUGAUACAGAUGACAGAAGUCAAACUAUACUUCCCUUAGUGAAAUCGUUUUGUGAAAAAUCUUUCAAAGCAGAUGAAUCAAUUCUUAUUUCCUUAUCUUUCCAUUUAGGAAAACUAUGCCAUGGACUAUAUGGAAUAUUUACUCCAGAUCAACACUUGAGAUUUUUGGAGUUUUAUAAGAAACUUUGUACAUUGGGUUUGCAACAGGAAAAUGGACACAAUGAAAACCAGAUUCCACCCCAAAUCUUAGAGCAGGAGAAGAAAUAUAUUUCAGUACGGAAGAACUGUGCUUAUAACUUUCCGGCCAUGAUUGUUUUUGUUGAUCCUAAAAAUUUCCACAUGGAUCUCUAUUCUACAUUCUUCUGCCUUUGUCAUGACCCUGAAGUACCAGUCAGAUACACUAUUGCUAUUUGCUUUUAUGAAGUUUCUAAACUUCUGAAUUCUGGAGUGUAUUUAAUACAUAAAGAACUAAUAACAUUAUUACAAGAUGAAUCAUUGGAGGUACUAGAUGCUCUCAUAGAUCAUCUUCCAGAAAUCCUGGAACUUAUGUCUACUGGUGGAGAAAGCAGUGUUCAAGAAAAUAAGUUAUCAUCUCUCCCUGACUUGAUUCCAGCUCUCACAGCUGCUGAGCAGCGAGCUGCAGCCUCUUUAAAGUGGAGAACUCAUGAGAAGCUGCUCCAGAAAUACGCCUGUCUGCCGCACAUCAUAUCAAGUGAUCAGAUUUAUUAUCGUUUCUUGCAAAGAAUGUUCACAAUCAUGAUGACAAAUAAUGUCUUACCUGUCCAAAAGGCCGCUUCACGAACUCUAUGCAUUUUUCUACGUUAUAAUCGUAAACAAGAACAGAGACACGAGGUCAUUCAAAAAUUAAUUGAACAACUGGGCCAAGGAAAAAGUUAUUGGAAUAGACUCCGAUUUUUGGAUACCUGUGAAUUUAUUAUAGAGAUCUUUUCCAAAUCAUUUUUCUGUAAAUAUUUCUUUCUACCUGCUAUUGAACUGACACAUGAUCCAGUAGCAAAUGUGAGAAUGAAACUUUGCUACUUGUUGCCCAAAGUGAAAUCUACCCUGAAGAUCCCUGCAGAUAAACAUCUACUUCAACAGUUAGAAAUGUGUGUGAGAAAACUCCUCUGUCAAGAAAAGGAUAAAGAUGUUCUGGCCACUGUGAAAAGAACUGUAUUAGAGUUGGACAGAAUGGAAAUGUCCAUGGACGCUUUUCAGAAAAAAUUUUAUGAAAAAGAUUUGUUGGAUCAAGAGAAAGAAAGAGAAGAGCUACUUCUUUUGGAAAUGGAACAAUUAGAAAAAGAAAAGCAACAAAAUGAUGGAAGGCCCAUGAGUGAUAAAACCUUUGAAAAGAAACGUAGAGACACCAAGACACCAACAACUCUGCCCAAGAACAUCCCCAUUUCUGUCCCUGGACCCUCUUCUGGCACCCCAUCCACAAGCAAAGAAAUCAAGAAAUCCAAAUUGAUUCGAAGCCAGUCUUUUAAUAAUCAAGCUUUUCAUGCAAAAUAUGGCAACUUAGACAAGUGUGCUGGUAAAAGUUCUACAGCAGCAUAUACACCUUCUGUCUCAGGGUUAACAAAGACUUCUGUGAUUUCACUAACUGAUGAUUCAUUCCGGACUCGUAAUGCCAGUGGUGGUCCCAGUUCCUUUUCUUCUAAUACUCCCCUGCCCAGCACCUCCCGAGGGACAGGUAACUCAGGUGAUCCCAAGAGCAGUGGAAGUAAAGAUACACAACCGCGGAAGGCUACCUUAAAAUCCAGAAAAUCCAAUCCUUAG